CAGACGGCGCUGCAGGGGAUUUGGACAUAGGGAGGCGGGCUUCGAUCGCUCUGCACCAAUCACGAGCAGCGGGGGUCAAAGUUGAAGGGUUAGCCAGAUCCAAUAUGGCGGCUAACAAACGAGUGCUGUAUGUUGGCGGCCUGGCAGAGGAGGUGGAUGAGAAGGUUUUACAUGCAGCUUUCAUUCCGUUUGGAGACAUCACAGACAUCCAGAUCCCAUUAGACUAUGAAACAGAAAAGCACAGAGGAUUUGCGUUCAUUGAGUUUGAAUUGGGAGAGGAUGCUGCUGCAGCUAUCGAUAACAUGAAUGAGUCUGAGCUGUUUGGACGGACUAUCAGGGUCAACACGGCCAAGCCCAUGAGAAUCAAAGAAGGUUCUUCUCGACCAGUGUGGUCGGACGAUGACUGGUUGAAGAAGUUCUCAGGGAAGACGACAGAAGAGGCUGAGGCUGAGGCAGCAGGUGGAGAAACAACCAAUACUGCCACACAGGAGGGUGAGCCCCCGGCCAAAAAGGGCAGAGUCAAUCCUCAGGUUUACAUGGACAUCAAGAUUGGAAACAAGCCAGCAGGGAGACUACGCUUCCUCCUUCGGGCUGACAUUGUUCCCAUGACAGCAGAGAAUUUCCGCUGCUUGUGCACACACGAGAAGGGCUUUGGCUUCAAAGGCAGCAGCUUUCAUCGCAUCAUCCCACAGUUUAUGUGCCAAGGAGGCGACUUCACUAAUCACAACGGCACCGGCGGCAAGUCCAUCUACGGCCGGAAGUUUGACGAUGAGAACUUUGUCCUCAAACACACCGCUCCAGGACAGCUCUCCAUGGCCAACUCUGGGCCGAACUCUAACGGCUCUCAGUUCUUCAUCACCACAGACAAAACAGACUGGCUGGAUGGUAAACAUGUGGUGUUUGGAGAACUGGUAGAGGGAAUGGAUGUGGUCCGUGCAAUGGAGGCUCAGGGAUCAAAAGACGGCAAGCCGAAGCAGAAAGUCAUCAUCUCUGACUGUGGAGAAUAUGUGUGAAUGAAAAAGGAGUGUCUGCUUGUUUUGUAUGAGUCUAUGGAGGCAGAGGAUGUCGGUGAUCACAAGUGUGUUCAUGGUCUUUUGUACUUUGAACCCACACCACCUGCCAUGUAAAUAUUUCAAUAAACAUUUUUUUUUAUAAAGAAACCACA